AUGUCCUUAAGUGGCAACACGAGCCAGCCUUAUCCAGCGUCAACAGCUCCUCUUGUGCCCUUCAACACCUCCUCUACGCCGCGCCCCCAGCCAUGGGAGGAGGGUAGAAAUGAUCACGACUCGGAGCAGGAGUGGAUGGAGAAUAAAACCCUGCUCCUCUCAGACCUGGCUGUCCUCGGGCAUGAUGAGUUGUGCCACAUGUCUCCUGUCCUCACCGUGUGUCUGGUGGUUUGGUACAGCGUCACAAUGGUGCUGGGGCUGGUGGGGAACAUUGGGCUUAUUUGCAUUAUCACCCGACGCAGAGAAAAAGUCAAUGUCACUGGCAUUUUCAUCUGCAACCUGUCGUUCUCUGACAUUCUGGUGUGCAUCUUCUGCCUCCCCUUCACUGUCAUAUACACGCUCAUGGAUCACUGGGUGUUUGGGUCGCUGUUGUGCCGUCUCGUGCCAUUUAUCCAGUGUAUGUCUGUGACCGUGUCUGUGCUCUCUCUGGUUUUCAUUGCUUUGGAGAGACAUCAGCUCAUAAUAAACCCCUCUGGAUGGAAACCGAGCAUUCCUCAAGCCUAUAUUGUGGUUCUUGUGAUUUGGAUUCUGGCUGGACUCACCUCUUCGCCUUUCUUGGCCUUUCAGCUCCUCACAAAUGAGCCAUAUGCUAAUGUGGUCAUGCCCGAGUCUCCUUUUCAUUACCAGGCAUCUCCCCAGACUUACCUCAAUGACUCUCCACCUCUGACUGUUUCCUACACUUUCAAAAACUCCUCCUCGCCUCCAAAUUCAUACAGAACUCUCUUUUCCUAUGUUGCCGCCUCCCCACAUAUGGAGGCUUGUCUGGAGCACUGGCCAUCACAGCAGCACAGGCUGGCUUACACCACCUGGCUCCUGCUUUUUCAGUACUGUGGCCCACUUUUGUUGGUCCUACUCUGUUAUGUCAGAGUCUUCGUGCGGUUGCGACACCGCAAAGAAAUGCUAGAUCGAGCCAGGACCCCAGAGAACCAGCGUAUGACCCACAGUCGCAGGAUCAACAUCAUGCUGGUUUCUCUUAUCACGGCCUUCGCUCUCUGCUGGCUGCCGCUCACAGUCUUCAACGUGGUGUCAGACUGGAACCAGGAGGCUCUGCCUGUCUGCCACCACAACCUGUUGUUCUCCCUCUGCCAUCUGCUGGCAAUGUCCUCCACCUGCAUCAACCCCGUCAUCUACGGUUUCCUCAACUCCAACUUUCGGCAGGAGGUGAGAGAGGUGUUAAUGCACUGUCGCUGCCAUCCUCCAGAAGAUGAGUGCGAACGGUUUCCCAUGUCCACCCUGCACAUGGAAAUGUCUCGCUCAUCUAUGCCUGUGAGCUGCAGGAGCGACUCCGUUUGA